CGUGUUGUCUGGGCAAAUGUCAAACAAUCAUCAUUGAGGUUAAGUUAUGAUAAAUUAAUUUUUACGAGGAACAUGUCGUUGAAGAACGAGUACCGCAAGUCCAUCGAAGACUAUCUACCUGUGACACCUGUGAGACGCAAGAUUGGUCUCUACUGGAUCCUGGCUGUUCUGAGGAUAGCUCUCACUUUUGUCCCCCAGACUGGCUACAUUCAUCCUGACGAGUUCUUUCAGUCCAUUGAAGUUAUUUCUGGAGACCACUUUGAUAUCGAUGUCUACAAGCCUUGGGAAUUCAACGCCACCUUUCCGAUCCGCACUGCGUUCAUUCCACAGCUCACCGUCGGCCUGCCCUAUGCAUUCCUCAAGAGACUAUCCCCUUACACGUUCUAUCUCUUCGGCUUGUCGUUACGGACCCCGUACUUCUACGUCCUCUUCCCGCGUCUCUUCAUGUGCAUGCUCUCCUUCCUGUCGGACUACUUUUUGUACAAAAUCUGUUGCAUUUACGGGCAGAACUACCGAGUAAGACUUGUCACUUACGCCAGCUCCUACAUCAUGUUUACUUACGCCACUCGCACUCUCUCCAACUCCAUUGAACUUGUGCUGACCGCUGCGCUGCUGUACUUCACCUCCAAAUGCAUGGCAUUUUCAGAAGAGAUUGUGUAUCACAGUGAUUACCUUUCUAAGAAGCACAGCGAAGCAAAGCCCGGAGUAGAACGAGUCAAGUACUACAAGCUUAUGGCUCUGUUGCCCUCACAUUCGUUAAACCACUGCUUCAUACUGGCCACGAUAACGAUAAUAGGGAUAUUCAACAGGCCCACCUUCGUUGCGUUCGCCUUAGCGCCCACCUUCUUCUGGCUGCAGAGAGGCUUAGGCUCAAGGAGCGUUGGCUUAGCAGACUUCCACAUCCGGAUACUCUAUUUCAUUCUCUGCGGUCUGCCAGCCGCGUUAUUCUUCAUUCUGGUCGAUAGCUUCUAUUUCGGUUAUUUGACAAUGGGGGAGAUAGGUAAAUUGGAGAUCGGAAUGAACAAUUUCGUGGUGACGCCGUUGAAUUUUCUGAGAUACAACGUGAACACAAAGAAUCUCGCGACGCACGGGCUGCAUCCUCGGUUCCUGCACGCCCUGGUGAACGUUCCGCUACUGUUCAGCGUCCUGGGAGUCGUUGCACUGUCGAGAUUCGCGAAAAUGGUGUACAGCGGACUGAACGCACAGUGGCUGCAACUGCCACGUCUGCAGAGCAUCGUGGGAAUGAUGACGUGCACCUUCGUCGUCCCGCUCGCUUUGUUGUCUCUCUUUCCCCAUCAAGAGCCCCGUUUCAUAAUCCCGGUGCUCUUCCCGCUGGUGUUUCUCUACGCACCCGAGCUGAGUCAAGUCCCCAGUCUGGACAUUGUUUCACGAUUCGGCAACGACGAGGACAACGACGAGAACGAUAACAGCAAACCCCGCAGUCCCGCCUCGUCGCACGAGAGGAGCAAGCCCAGGAAGUUGGUGAUCUGGUAUGUUAGCAACCUUCUGCUGGCGCUGUUCUACGCUUUCGCGCACCAGGGCGGCAUCCUGCCGCUGACGUCUCACGUCGCGGCCGAGCUCAAGGCUAAGCCGCACCUCACGCAUCUGCAUCUCUACACGUCAUACGGCUACCCGUUGCCCACGGCGUUGCUGCAGCUGCGCAACACUCACCGUGUCUACCGCAGCAGCAGCAGCAAUCACAAAUAUAAGCUCGUGCAAGACUUCCAUCUAUACGAGCAAGGCUCGAAGUCGUUGCCGCGAGUGUUGGACGACAUCGUCAGGAGGAUUCGCGACUGCGAGAACAAAUUCGUCUUCAAAAAGAUCCCCUACAGGCUGUACUACGUCUUACCGGCCUCUGCGAUGGCCGAGUUCGCGGAACUGUCGCGCAACAGGUCGCACCUGUACGGCUUUCGCAUAGUCAAGACUUUUUAUCCUCACGUCUCCGUAGAGAGAUUGCCGUCGUUGCCUUCGCUCGAAAGACUAGAGAAUUUGUUAAGUUUCACGCGGUUCGAUAGCAUCACCAGCAACUGCGUGGAAGCUGCGAGGGGUGUUUACGAGUACGCCAGGCAAUUCAGGCUGCUCUUGCUGAAAAUCGAACUCACUACCUCGAAGCAGAACAGACACAGUGGAUAAAGAAAUAGCUGAUGGUUAAAUAAAUUUUUGAAUACUUGCAUUUAUUUUAUAAGAUAAUAAUGAUAACAAAGUAAUUUUAACGAGGAACUAGUCAAUGCGAGGAGAAAGAGCUUGAAGCGAUCGAUUGGCUUUUUAAGAGAUUUACAGACAAUACAAUGGAAUGCGUGCAAUUUAAUUUGAGAGGGCAGGAGCACUGUUACGAUGUAUGCUUAACGAAGCAUAGCAUUCGUAAUUUUUUUUACGAAUAAGUAUGAACGUCACACAAAUUUUUAUGUGAUCAAUUUUAAAUUAACAUAAAGUAUACAUAAUGAUACAUAUUAUAAAAAUAGCAAAUGAAAAUAUAUCUCGGAAAUCUAAGAUGUAAAAUUGACAUUGGGAUUAAAAUAUUAUG